UUCAAUACCAGAUUCUUUAGAUUCAUUCGUGAGUAUAGAUGAGUAAAUUCCUGAUUUUUCGCUCCGAAUCCUAUUAAUUCUUCGAUUUUUCAUCACAUAGAGGCCUGAUGUGUCAUAAAACAAUCAACAUUUUUUGUGAGUCAAAAGCUUUUGCAACCUUCACAGCUACGAUUUUCAACAAGCUCACUAAGUUAUUUUUCAAGAACAUAUAAUAAAAAAAUGGAUAUUCUAAAGCUAAAAAUUCACUUUUUCGUUAAAAAUGACCAUUUUCACACAACUAAGAGUUCUAAAACUCUUCCCAGUUCCUUAUUCGUAUACUAAGUACGUAGUUACAAAUCUACACAUUACUCAUAAUAGCAAUUCUUUCUGCCAUCGUUCCAAAGACAAAAUCCAUCAAAGAGAAAUUUGAAUUAUUUUAUUCAUUUUAUUUUUUAGAAUAGUUCAUUUUCGGUAAAAGAAAAUUAGUUUUGUUCAUUUUGAAGAUGACAGUGUCAAUAAUCUACAAACAACAGUGUAAAGAAGUGAUUGCGGUUUCCAAAUGGAUUUGAUUCAGUAAAUUCUUUGAAUAAUGAUGAAUGUUGAAUACACUUUCAAAAACUUGCUUAUACGUUUAAUAUUGAGCAUAAUAGUCCAUAAACAAUAUUAUUAGAAUAUCCAAACGCAAAAUUACGCCAAUUAUCGAUUGAUAACAAUGACGAUGAAGAUCUUGUUGUUGCUAUGUUAAAUACAGAUAGUUAUUUUUUAUACAAACUUCACAAAAAAUAUGAAUUAUAUACUGGAAAACGUGUACCUCUGAAACCAAUAUUAGACGAAGAAAAAUGUCAUUUUUCUGAGAUAGAUAUUGAAAUGGCAGCUAUAUUAUCAGAUGCUGUUUAUUAUGCAGAUCCAAUUUUGCAUAUUAAUAAAAACUAUUCAUCUUAUAAUUGUAUUUCAACAUUAACUGUUCCUGAAUGUGGAUUAUAA